AUGGCUCUGCCUUUGGCCGCAGUGAGUAUCUCUCCUCGGGGUCUCCUCUACCUUGGAGAGACAGUCACUCUGCAGUGUGACAUAUCCGACUACACAGACUGGACGUACCUCUGGUCCAGAGACAACCAACAGCUUUCCAGUCAGACCAGUGAAACCAUCACCAUCUCUCUCCCUGACCAAGCUGGUCAGUACCAGUGUCAGGGGAAAAGGACAAGGCAGCCCCAGUGGUCAAAUCUCAGCUCAUCUCUCCCCAUCAUCGUCACUACUCUGCCUGAAACUACACUGACUGUAGAGCCAAAACCUGUGUUUUCUGGAGAGAGAGUUACUCUGAUGUGUUCAGUAGGGUCUGACAGUAGCUGGAGCUAUAAGUGGUACAAAGACAGGAAUGAUAAUAAACCUCAACCUGUCCUGGGUAUCUCUCCUCAGUGGCUGAACCCUGGAGACUCAGUGGCUCUGAACUGUAAAGUUGACAAGACGUCUACAGGCAGGAGGUUCUCCUGGUACAGGACUGUUCCCUACAGAGCUGGGUUACCCUCCCUAUCAGACAAGUCUUACUCUCUACAGCCCCUAUCUGACAAUGUGAAUAGUGAAGACUCCUACACUCAGAUCCCUGCUGGUCCUACUCCCACAGGAGGAUAUGUGUGUAGAGUUGGGAGAGGAGACCCAGUCUAUGACACACUACAAUCUGAAGCCUUCAGUGUCUCUCAGAAGAAGCCAACACAACAACACUUUAGAUCAAAGUCUCUCUCACUGAGCUGUGAGAAGAAGGGGAAUUCUACUGGAUGGAGACUGAGAUACACAGAGAGAGGAGUAGAGUCAGGGUGUGUCUCUAACUGGAGAUCAAUAACAGGGUCCACAUGUACCAUCAGGUCCACAUACACAGGGGACAGUGGAGUGUACUGGUGUGAGUCUGGAUCAGGAGAGUACAGUAAUGCUGUCAACAUCACAGACUUGGACAGAUCAGCAAGGGAAUAA